AUGAGCACCCAGACCACGAGCCAACACCACCAGGGCGGCAACGAGUCCGAAGACGACGUGUGGGACAUGCCCCGCACGCCGCGCCGCACGCCGAUGGCCUGCCAGUUCUGUCGCGGCCGGAAGCUCAAGUGCGACGGCCGCCCGACGUGCGCGAACUGCGAGCGCCGGGGGAUCCCGUGCACGUACGUGCCCGUCACGUCGAAACCGUAG